GAAGACGCAGGAGGAGGAAAGCAAAUGAUCCGUUCCACAGUCAGUGAGGUGGAACAAACGACGUUAUCGUGAUCUCAUACCUCCACACCGACGUUCCCCGUUCCACAUAGCCGCCUCGAAGCUCCGCACAGCCCCUAUGAGCCCAAGCGGAGAGACGCUGGGAAUCCGUUGAAAGGAGGUGACACACUCACAGAGGCGCCCCGGCGCAGGGAGUUUAAAGUAAGCUUAUUACCGCCAGAUCAAAACCAAAACACUUGAGUCGUUCCCUUGCCACUUUGGGAGUGUUCGACUGAUGAAGUGCAGCAAAUAAUGAAAAAACUGCCCCACCACCGCCUCAGCCUAUCGAUGGGUGAAUCCGGGUCGCGUCGCUCCACGCUGGUGUCCCGCCUGCCCAUCUUCCGUCGGGGCAACAGCAAGCGACAGGACUCGCUGCCGCCGUCCCCGUCAUCCGGCGGAAACUGUGUGCACACCUCGUCGCCAUCCAGCACUAACUCCAGUUCAGGGAGUACCGGAAAACGGCGGAGCCUUUUUCGCGCGCCAUCGCUCAGCUUCUCAGUCAAGCGGAGCAGCCAGCCUCGCGUCCAGCCCGUCAACUUGAACCUCACGCCGCCCCCGCCGGCGACGCAGACCACCGACGCCAAUGGGAACAGUCAGCAGCCGAUUACCGCGUCGCAAUCGGCUGGUUUUAGUGAUGCUCACGCUAAGUUGCGACACUCGUUUGGCUUCGGGAGCCACCGGCAGAAGAAAAUCACGCGCUCUCAGACAGAAGAUUUUGACAAGACGUCUGCGUCCUCUUCUGCAACCAAUCGGAAUGUCUUCAUCAACUGCCUCAGUGGCUCGGCAGCCAACGAGGGUGACGACUCGGGCUUCAUCGAAGAUUACGGCAACGGCAGCAGGCGCUCGUCGCGACACAAGAAGCACCUCCUGCCCAAGUCCCUCUCGGCUCACCACCGCUUCUCUCAACACAGACCCUCAGGGGAGAAUCUGGAAUGCGCCGGUUCCGCUACCCUCUCCCCGGGGACAGGAGGACUUACCCCGGGGUCUUGUCUGAGUGACGCUGGCCUGGAGAGCUCCCUCCAGUCUCCCAUGGUAUCAGAGGACCGCACCACGGCUAUCACCCCUUCUGAGUUCAUCCCCAUCACGGAGGACUCAGUCUCUGAGGCCGAAGCUCUGCCAGCUCCCAGUCCUGGACCUGCUCUAGUAUCUGGACUGACCACCGACAGUGCCCCAGCUGAGGGGGCACCUGUCCCAGAGACAUUCAGUGGGACCGUCUCCUCCUCGCAGGUUUUCUUCUCUCCGGCUGUAUCCGGCACUGAGAAACCGUUACUCCCUGAGACCAGCACGGCCAACAACACCGACUAUGAGACGGCUAUCUCCCUCUCGGAACCGGAGACCGCCGUGCCCUGCCCGUCCCCGCGGGAGCUGUCGCCGAACGAGGAGGAGGAGGGCGAGGAAGAACGAGAGGAGCCAGGGAGAGGGACGCAGGGACAGGAGGCGGCCAACGCUGAGACCACCAGCGAAAGCGAGGCGGGAGCGCCAAGAAGUGACGGCUGCCGCUCGUACAUGGAACAGUCUGAGAGGAGGGCGAAACACACUCUCUCAGUUCACGAGAAAGGGAACUUUUUUGGCUGCCGUGAACCCAGGUCCUGUCACUUAAGGAAGCCGCACACAGCCUCUAUGUGCAGCAGCGUUAGCCCCUACCACGAGGUGAUGCGCUUGGAGAGGCGCUUGCGUUCCUCCUCUGAAGGGGCCGGCGGUCCUCGUAUCCAUGGCAACCACAGGGACAACCCCGGCGUGGAGGGAAGUGGCCUGCUAAAACACAGGAACAACUCCUCGUCAUCCAAACUGGGAAGUCUGGAUGUCCUCAAUAAUUUGGGCUCCUCUGAGCUGGAUGAAGAUGACCUCAUGUUGGACUUGGAUUUAUCUGACGAUCAGCGCCAUCGUCACGUUUCUAGACAAGACUCCAGUCAGUCCUUGGCAUCCUGUCUGAACCUACUCCACUCCCCCAUCGACCCAUCAGGAGAUCGCAUCCCAGUGAAAGACAACUGCCACAGGGAGCUUCGACGUCCGACCAGCCUGCUGCCUGCUGAGUGCAGCUCUGCUCUGCUUCUGGGGAGGGAAGAAGACCCCUUGCCCCCUGGAGUGGAGACCCUCCCCCUGCGACUGAUGCAGCAGGACUGCACCGCUGUCAAGACCCUACUUUUGAGGCUCAGGCGCACCCUGCAGGAGAGUACAGAGACAAGUCCUGGCAGCAGUCUUCAGUCUCUACCCAUUAGCCCCUGCAGUGAAAAGGCCCUUCCAUUGAAGGACUGGAGCAGAGAGGAAGCGUUGCUGCAGCAACUAAAGGAGAAAGACGAACUAAUAUUCCGACUGAGGAGUGAACUGGAGAGUGCCAAAGCCGCCGUAAAGAUGAAAGACGGCCACGUAAGCGACCGCGCAACACAGACGGAGCACAUGGGGCCAGAGGCCAACAACCAUCCAGGCUGGUGGUCAGGACCAGGCAGCAGCAACAGCAACAGCCUACCCCUAAAGGAGCGAAGGGCGCUGCGGGCCGGGGGUGCGCCGCCCCCUCUGCCGCUCGCAGGGGACCUCGCUAACAUCUCCCAACACCCGCUAUCUCUCGGUUCUGCCGGGGACGACAACCACCUUCACCCACCGGCCGGCGUCCCGAACGCAGCUCCCCGUUCCCUCCUCGCCGCCGCCCAGCCCCAUCUUCCCCGCGCGAUGUCUUCUUUGACCGGCAGGCAGCCGGAGAGGGCGGCAUCAUCCUCCUCCGAGUCCUUAGGAGGAAGCUUGGCGGCCCGCAAGGGGGAGCAUCACCACCCCAGCCUCAUCCCCCGGGCGGUGGGCGCCUCCUCCUCCAGCCUGGCCAGCAGGGGGAGCGUCUCUUCGUCCGGCCUCCCCUCCCCCCCGACCCCUUCCUCCGCCUCCUGCUCUUCGUCGCCCUUCACGGGGCGCCUGGGGCAACCGCCCCGCGGCCCGCUGUCCCUGCACAGCUACUCUCGAAAAAAUGUCUUCCUGCAGCACUCCCUGCACACCGCCGACCUUCAGGCGCUGACGCAGAGAGACACUUGAUCGCCAGCCAACAUUUUGGUUGCUCUUCUUGCGAAGUCGCAAAAGAAAACCAGAAACGACGCACAAAUUCAAUGGAAUGCUCCACACAACUCUCGUGGCUCUUUCUUCGCUGACAUUUUCUUCACGCGCACCGACACGCACAACGGUAAUUUGUUGACUCGUCCCUAAAAGUUGAAAAGAGAGAAAAGAAGAAAUGCCGCACAAAAAAAAAAAAAAAAAAAAAAAAAUCACCUGAUGUUGUUCAGCAAUUUAGACACACACAGGCACACACGCGCACGCAGGUGCUCUUCUCAUAAAUGCAGGAAAAAAAACAAAACAAGAAAGAGUAGACAUUUACCCGAACACAACCACCUAAGUUAUGGAUCAACCUUUGCUGACAUUUUGUUUAUCCACGCACAUGCAGACACGCAAACCUCGCCCAAAAAUUGCAAAAGAAAACAAGCACUGGCGAAGUUCACCUGAACACAAGCAGGCAACAGUCCUGGAUGAAACUUGUGACAUUUUGUUGAUCCGCUCCCUCAUGCAGACACGUACACGUGGUGUCAUGCCGACAGUUUAGAUGUGCUUACGCCCACGUAUGCACACUACAAAGUGCGCACGCACACACACACAGAGUCAUCCUCAUAGAUGGCUAGCAGGAAACAGGAUGAACCUCCAUUUAUGCACAUUUUAGUUAUUUUUGAAUGUCUUUUUUUUUCUCUUUUUAAACCUUUAAUUUAUUUGAACCUUUUUGCUGCUGAACGCUGUGAAGAAGUGUGCUUUGCAGGGAUACUCGCCGACACCGUUGUCUCACGUUGCCAAAAUGUACGCCAAUGAACACCCUUCCUUCCUCCCUCCCUUCCUUCCUUCCUUCCUUCCUUCCUUCCUUCCUUCCUUCCAGUGUUAAAGGGACACUUAGGGGAGCGUCAUAAGUCUGUUAACUAAGUCUUUCAAGAAGGGAACACCACACAAAUAUAUACGCUCGUUGAGAGCUUUGUAUCCAGCCCACCGUGCAAUUCUAAAAUGUUAACCUACAAAUGCUGAUAAUACACAAUACAGAGGGUUCUCGGUUUACGGGGGUCCCAAAAUAUGAGGUUACGAACACGCCAAGUAGUUUGUGCAGCCACGCAAGAAUAUGUGGUCACAUGAAGGCAGUGUAGUAUUAUAAAACUCAUUUCGUAUUUUUGUUGGUGGAGUUUAGCUCUUAAUUUUAGUCCAAAAUAAUUACAGAGAAUACAUUCACAAAGAGAGAAUUUAUAUAGUUUUGGGGGUAUUUCUACCUCGCAAAAGAAGAUAAAUUUUUCUGUCUAGAAUUCCAAGCAUUUUUUAUUUUUUUUGCCAGUUGUUCAUUCCAAAAUGUCAAAACAUUGACAGAAAACUAAACGAGCAUCAUAAAGUCUUCAAAAAGAUGUUACUGAAAAUUGUUUAUGUAGCAACUCAUUGGCAUAAUCUACUUACACAUUUAAAUCUAAGCAGAUUUCAAGGAUCUCCAAAAAUGUACA